CUAGAGAAAAAGAACUUCACCAUAACUCACCAAGCUUCAUCUGAGAUAUUUUCCCAAGGAGUACUGAGACAGUCACCAUGGUCUCAGAAGGAUACUUGGGACUUUAAACUAAUGGAACUUGUUUAAUUGAUUAACUCAUUUCAUUGUACAUCACAAAAUCACUUUUGAACAUUAUUUUAUUUAUUUAUUAUACAUUUUUUUAACAAAAAAGUGAGUGCUGGACUAAAGUUGUCAAGAAAACUAAACGUUUUUGUAUUAUUUUUUUUUCAUUCACAAAAUCUGUUUCCAGGAAUAGGUGUCCUGAUAAUCCAUAGCCAUGGCACUGCUGGACACAGAGUUUGGGGUGAAGGGCAGCAGCAUCAUCAGGGAGUGGAGUGGACAGGUCCAGCCAGCUCUGGUCGCCUCCUUUGUUUUCCUCUUCUGUCUAGAAGCCUGUCUAUGGGUCAGGAAUCUCAGACUCAAGAGAAGGCUGCCAGGACCCUUUGCCUGGCCGGUGGUGGGCAAUGCCAUGCAGCUGGGGCAGAUGCCUCAUAUCACCUUCUCCAAGCUGGCAAAGAAGUACGGCAACGUGUAUCAGAUACGACUGGGCUGCAACAACAUAGUUGUGCUCAAUGGAGACACAGCAAUACGAGAAGCCUUGGUUCAACACAGCACAGAGUUUGCAGGCAGACCCAACUUUGUGUCUUUUCAGAUGAUUUCAGGAGGCAGGAGCUUGAGUUUCACUAACUACAGCAAACAGUGGAAAAUGCACAGGAAAAUUGCACAAUCUACCAUUAGAGCUUUCUCCUCUGCCAACAGCCAGACCAAGAAAGCAUUUGAGCACCAUGUUUUGGGAGAAUGUAUGGAUCUUGUGCAGGUAUUUCUGAGAAUGAGUGCAGAUGGACGAUAUUUUAAUCCCUCUCGUGAAUUUACAGUAGCUGCUGCAAAUGUAAUAUGUGCACUGUGCUUUGGAAAACGUUAUGGCCAUGAUGACAUUGAGUUUAGAACUCUCCUAGGCAGAAUGGACAGGUUUGGAGAGACGGUGGGGGCUGGCAGCUUGGUGGAUGUCAUGCCCUGGCUUCAGAAUUUCCCAAAUCCUGUCCGCAGCAGCUACCAGAAUUUCAAACAUAUAAAUGAGGAGUUCUUUGCCUUUGUGAAAGAUAAAGUGAUGCAGCACAGAGAAACCUUCACGCCUGAUGUGACGCGUGACAUGAGUGAUGCUAUCAUUAACGCGAUUGAUCACAGAAAGGACAGCGGACUGGCCGAAGACUUUGUUGAAGGAACUGUCACAGACCUCAUUGGAGCCGGCCAAGAAACAAUGUCAACCAUUUUCCAAUGGAUUCUCCUGCUUUUGAUCAAAUACCCCAACAUCCAAACCAAGCUGCAGGAGCAGAUUGACAAAGUGGUAGGCCGUGACAGGCUGCCUUGUAUUGAGGACAAAGCCAGCCUGGCUUACCUAGAUGCUGUUAUCUAUGAGACCAUGCGCUAUACCAGCUUUGUACCCCUCACCAUCCCACACUCCACCACCUCAGAUGUCACCAUCGAAGGCUUCCACAUCCCCAAAGACACAGUGGUCUUCAUCAACCAGUGGUCUGUCAACCACAACCCUUUAAAGUGGAAGGACCCACAUCUCUUCGACCCCUCACGGUUCCUCGAUGAAAAUGGUGCCCUUGACAAGGACCUGACUAACAGCGUCAUGAUCUUCUCCACUGGUAAAAGGCGAUGUAUUGGCAACCAGAUUGCCAAGGUGGAAACAUUUUUAUUUACAGCCGUCUUGCUUCACCAGUGUACCUUUGAGAGCAACCCAUCAGAGGCCCUAACCCUUGACUGUUCCUAUGGGCUCACACUGAAGCCUCUCCACUACACCAUCACAACCAAGCUCAGGGGGAAGCUGCUCUGUCUGGUGUCACCUGCAUAAACUCAUCCCAUUAUUGUGGGCAACAUUGCCAAUCAAUUACAUUUUACAGUGAGUAUAAGCAAACCUGCACUGAAUGCUGUUGUUGAAGAGUGUAAUAUUUAAUAUUUAAUUAAUAUCUGAACACAAUUGAAUAUGUUUGCAAUGUUGUUGAUACAGAAUUGAAAGUAUGAUUACAGUAAUGGAAAGUUUGCUAGGUAGAGAUGAAUCUCCUUUGUUGGGGGCCAGGGGUCGGAUCAUGGGGUCAAUGAAGUUGAGGGUACUUCAUAAACAGUAUUCAGCAUGUUAACGUAUGAAAAUAUGUGCAUGAAACUAGAAUAUCACUCAAAGUCAAUGGAAGGUUAUAUCACAGUGUAAUAUGCUUGUGAGUGUUAGUGAAUGUUGUAGUCACACCCGAGGAACCACAAUUUGUUGCGUUGAGGACUUUUUGGAUUCCUCGCACCAAGAUGGUGAUGUAUCAAUGUAGUUAACCUUUUCACAUAAAGCAGUCACAAAAUAUUUGUAUAGAUAUAUUUCAGGUAUGAAAAUGAUUUGUAUUAUAAUCCAAUCCACUAUCUACUGUACACCAUGCAUAUGAGCACAUUGAAAUACUGUCAGAAGAUAACAAAUGCUGACAAACUGCUAAAGGGAAAAUCAAGUUAUCUAUAUGCUAUAGCCUACAGUGUGAAGACAAUUCAGAGAUAACAGCAUUGGCGCCUCUGUGUAACUUCAAGCUCAGUGUCCCCAACCAAGUUUGGAGGCGUUUCAAUGGAGAGGUGGGUUUGGAAUUGUGGGAUUGAUAAUGCUGAUGAAUACAUGGGAGAUGACCAACUCUAGACACUGACUGCAUUGAUCUCCUUAGAAAUCUACUGAACAGGCACUCCAGCUACACAACCCAUCCCUUCAUAUCCCAACCAACUGUCACUAAAUACAAUACUACUACACAAAU